AAGAUGUUGGGACAACUUUCUUCUCUUUUUUCCCCCCUCUCCUCUUCUGUGUAAAACCCUAAAUCACCAAUCAAUGAAAUCCCAUGCCAUCUCUCUAAAACUCCAUUUCACUCUCUAAUCUCUAAGCUCGAUCGUUUUUUCUUUCAGCUCUCCGCACCUGCUUCAUUUCUUCCCAUCUUCGAAUCUUUUCUCCAAAGUUUUCAUUUUUAUUUACUUUUGUGGGGGGUUUUUUCAAAAACAAUUUGAUUUUGCUGUUAGAAAUUUAGGGUUUUGGUCUGCAAUAGAGAGAGGGGCUAAACCGGAGGUCAGGCUGGCGAUUGGUGCUGAGGUCAGGUGAUGGCGGAUCCGCCACAUGUCCGCCGCCGAUUGAUUGUUAUCCCGUGUUUAGAUAUUGAAGAAUUAAGUUUUCUCGACGCUGGUGGUUUCCUAGUAGUAGCUAUAGGUGAAGAAGUAGUGAGAAGAGAGUGGGCCGUUGCACAUCUCCCAGAAUGCUGACUGUUCUGCGAGUGCACCUCCCUUCAGACAUUCCGAUCGUAGGUUGCGAGCUCACUCCUUAUGUUCUCUUGCGCCGCCCAGAUAAAUCUGUUAUUACUGACGAUGUUCUAGAUUCCGCGCCUAUUGACGGCCACACCUUGAGAUACAAAUGGUACCGCAUACAAAGUGAUAAGAAAGUCGCUAUUUGCAGUGUCCACCCAUCUGAGCAAGCUACAUUACAGUGCCUUGGAUGUGUUAAGGCCAAAAUACCGGUUGCUAAGAGUUACCAUUGCUCUACCAAAUGUUUCUCAGAUGCAUGGCAACAUCACCGUGUUCUGCAUGAACGUGCUGCUAGUGCUGUCAAUGAAAAUGGAAAUGAGGAGGAAGAAGAAUUUGGGCGCUUCAAUAAUGCUGUAGUUAAUACAAGCUUGCCUCCAUCACAAUCAGCUGGCAAUUUGGCAAAUGGAGUGACACCCUUGUACCCAGCAACGGUCGCACAAAGGAAUGGUAGUGAAACGUGGUUUGACGUUGCUCGGUCCAAAACAUAUACACCAACAGCAGAUGAUAUUGGUCAUGUCCUUAAAUUUGAAUGUGUUGUUGUAGAUGCAGAAACAAAACAUCCAGUGGGACAUAUGAAUACUAUAUUGACAUCUCGUGUGAUUCCAGCACCAUCUCCCACUCCACGCCGCUUGAUUUCCUUCAGUGGAGUUGAUAUCCCUGGGCAUCUUGAUUUAGAUGGCCGUAUUUCAUCUUCCGAGUCUUUUACCGUGCUUUCAUAUAACAUCCUAUCUGAUGCAUAUGCAUCAAGUGAAAUAUACAAUUAUUGCCCCUCUUGGGCUCUUUCUUGGACGUAUCGAAGACAGAAUCUAUUGCGUGAAAUUGUUGGCUAUCGUGCAGACAUUGUUUGUCUUCAAGAGGUUCAAAAUGACCAUUUUGAGGAAUUCUUUGCUCCUGAGUUAGACAAGCAUGGCUAUCAAGCACUUUACAAAAGAAAAACUGCAGAGGUAUUCGGUGGAAAUAUUAAUACAAUUGAUGGAUGUGCUACAUUUUUCCGACGAGAUAGAUUUUCUCAUGUUAAGAAAUAUGAGGUUGAGUUUAACAAAGCUGCACAAUCCUUGACUGAUGCAUUAGUUCCCAGUGCUCAAAAGAAAGCUGCUCUAAGUCGUCUAGUUAAGGAUAAUGUGGCACUUAUAGCGGUCCUGGAAGCAAAGUUCAGUAACCAGGGAGUUGAUAACCCUGGAAAGCGUCAGCUUGUUUGUGUGGCAAAUACUCAUGUGAAUGUUCAACAAGAGUUGAAGGAUGUCAAGCUUUGGCAGGUUCAUACACUUCUGAAAGGACUGGAAAAGAUUGCUGCAAGUGCCGAUAUUCCAAUGUUGGUCUGUGGUGAUUUUAAUUCAGUACCUGGAAGCGCUCCUCAUUCACUCCUUGCAGCUGGGAAAGUUGAUCCAUUGCAUCCAGAUCUACAAGUUGACCCUCUUGGUAUUCUGCGUCCUACAACCAAGUUAACGCAUCACCUGCCAUUGGUGAGUGCUUACUCGGCCAUUGGUAGACUUGGGGUAGGUCUUGGGUUUGAGCUACAGAGGAGGCGAAUUGAUCCCACUACGAAUGAACCCCUAUUUACUAAUUGCACUAGGGACUUUAUUGGUACCCACGAUUAUAUAUUCUACUCAGCGGACUCGUUAACUAUUGAAUCUAUGUUGGAGCUCUUGGAUGAGGAUAGCUUGAGAAAAGACACGGCGCUUCCUUCUCCAGAGUGGUCGUCUGAUCAUAUAGCACUCCUAGCCGAGUUUCAUUGCAAGUCUAGAACUAAACACUGACAACUAGUGUCGUUUUGCUGUAGGCAUUGCAGAAUAGAAGCAGAAACAAGUGAAAAAGGAUUUUACAGAUUAAGUGAUUGUAAGAAUAGUAGAUCCCUUUCCAGGGCGGCCACCACAGAUGUUCAUCCUUGUAUUAUGAUCUAUCUACCACCUUGUCCCAUAGAAAAAAUUGUUUAUUGUUUUUGACUUCAUUUUCCUAUCUAAAAUAGAAAAAUAUUAUAUAC